UCCUACCACUCUCUCUCUCUCGCUCUUUUCUGCUCUCUGUGAUAUUUAUACUGACAGUUCAUUGAGACAGCUGAGACAUCACUUUUGAGUUCCUUGUGCGUGUGUGCCCUAGAGUCUAACACUGCUGUGUGAGGGGCCACUACAUCUUACGUUAGUGUGACACCUUUGUGAAAAAUGGAAUACAGCCUGUGGAUUGCCCUACUCCUUCUCCCGGUUCUGGUGCACUCUCAAAGUGGAAGAGAAUGGGCUGACAAUGAACCCAGAAUACUCUGCACUUCUCAUCUAAGUGUGUCGUCACCAAACACCCUAACCUGCCACCUUGAUGAUGACAACGGUGAUGAUGAAAUAGAGGACGUAAAAGCCAUGACUCUUUGCUACACCAACAGCAUUGGUAAGCAAUGCUGUCUGACAGAGAAGGGGAAUAAUGUCACAUUUACGAACCUGGCCACUCUACCACCGUAUAAUCUCACCAUUCAAUUAAAAGGAGGCAGCACAUUUUGGAAAACAAUCCUCUUGACAAAAAUAGUUAAACCCAUGAGUCCUUGGGUGGUGAAUGUCACAUUUCUGGGGAGCUCCAACCGGGCUCUUAUUUACAUUGGGAAUCUAUACCUAAACGAUUACCUGAAACCCAGCAAUCAACUGUUCCAAUUUCGCAUCUGGAGUGUCAAAAAUACUCUGGUUCAUAGCAUAACCUAUCAGCCUCUGAUCAUCGAGGGGGAAGAGUACCUCCAUAAGAACACAGAGUAUCACGUCAAGGUUCGAGCCAAGCCAAACGGGGGGUACUUUGAUGGUAGCUGGAGUGAAUGGAGUGCCCCUCUCAGUUUCAGAACAGACAAAGAGACAAAGAAAGAUGUCCAGAUGCUGUCCUACUCACUCAUCGUGGCCAUUUUUGCUCUGCUUCUGGUCACCUUGGCAGUUAGUAUUUUCUGGAGAAUACAAAUACAUUCCUUCAUAUGGCCAAGCAUUCCACAUCCCAAACACACACUUCUCCAGAUCGUCCAGACCUACGAGCCAAUGAAGCAGGGCCAACCUCUGAGCUUUAACCCCGAGGUGUUCAGUGACCUCAAGAUCCAGCUGGUGGAGCUGGACGGGGAGCAGCACGUUACUGCCCAACCCCCUGACUCUGACGCCCAUCACCUCACUGCGGUCAAAGAUCAAUACCUCAUUCAAGAGUGUGAUGGGGAUACGAAGUCCUGCCAUAGCACCAGUAGUGGAGGUUCGGAGGCCAUACUGUUGAGGUGCGAGUCCCCAGGAGAGCACCCCGACUUUGGGGCUGGGAGUAGUGGCUCCACCAUGGGUAUCCUGGACCUGAAGAGUGACACGGAGAGUGUGGAGACAGACGACAGUGAUGGUAACAUUGGUCCUGAGGGGCUAGUUGCUACCCAGCAAGGAGGCAAAGGUGAGGUGUAUGUCACCAUGUCUAGUUUCUAUCAGAUCCAGUGAGAGAUGUAGAGAGAAAGAACUUAUUCAAGAUUAUAGCUUCUUAUUACAUUCUUACGCUGAGCUCUGAGCGACUUUGUUAACGGCUGCUUUCAUAUGAAGUCUAUUUGAUCCACCGUGACUCAAACUGACUAUCCACUGACUCCCAGUAUCACAAGAGACUAGCAGAACUCAAUGCACAUGUUAUUUACAAAUGAUAGGAGACAGAACAGGAAUAAUCCUCAUUAUGUUUCUUAGGUCUUGUGUUAUUAAUCUGUUGGUAGUUGCAAAAGACAAGGGAGAACUUGACUUGACUAACUUGAAAUACAAAGCUGUCCCUCCUUUAUAUAUUCUUUUUGCAUUUGCACUUCUUCCCAUUCUGUAUAUUAUACUGAGGAUAGUAUACUGAGGACCACCGUGAUAUCCUGGCCUAAUAUUAUUAUAAUACACACUGCUGCUUCUUAUGGCCUUCACAAAGAUACUCUUUACUUUACCAUGACAACAGCUGCAAAGUAAACCUAGAAUGUAUCAUUCAAUUCCUCAGGGUUUGAACCCUUCUACACAUUUAUAUACAUAAACAUGGAAAUAAGGUUUGAUUCAUUUCUGUCUAAUGUGUCACAUUUUUUUUUCUUAUUUUUUGCACAUACAUGAUUGUAUUUCCUGCAGUUACCAGUACGUAGUUUUUUACUUUGAAUGUAUUAUACUAUUACGCAUUCGUUUUCAAUGCAGAACACUUGAUCAUUUUGUUGAACACGUAAUGUUAGACAUAGCAUUAGUUUUCAGCUUCACCGUAUUACAGCUUUCUUUCUGUACAUCUGGUAUUUGUAUAUUUUACUCUGACAAAUGUUGACAGCAUUUCCUGUAUAAAAAUGACCGUUGUUGAAUUUUGUGUUUAAAACAUUUUAUUAAAACAGAUCAAAAGUGUAUGCAUAAUAAAUAAAUAAAAAGUAUAACUUCUUCUGCUCUCAUCCCCUGAAA